UUGAGAUUUUUGUUAAAAAAUUACAAAUUUGACCAGCGAGAUUUACGUCUUUGAGGAGGUGGCGGAGGAGGAAUGUACCCACCAGGAGUGAAGACGGGAGCUGGUGGAGGCGGUGGUAGAUAUGCACCCUGGCCAUACCCUGGAGUUGGGUAGGAUGGCUGAGCAUGUGCAUUUUGAAUAUGAUUUGCAUCAGGUGGAUGAUUUGGAGUACUUCCAACAGAGCUCUUAUAAUCAUUCCAAAUCGAUUGAUAGUAUUCUGCCUCCGUUUGAGGAGGAGCAGGUAUGUGGACAGGAGCAUUUAUUUGGACAGCCGUAUUUAUUUGGACUGGCUGAUAUGCUGCUGUAUUAUUGAUAGGAGCAUGGUUAUAUUCUUCAGUUUGGAAUUGUGGAGGUACAAACCCAAUAUAUUCAUCAGGCUGGCUUAUCUCAAGUCCUACAACAGGCCUCUUCAAAAUUUGUACAGCUUCUUGUCUCUCUGAAUCCCAUCGGCUCUUUCUUUUCCUGCCUGCCAACUGGUUCGGUCUGGCUCUUUUAUACUCUGGUUUAGCUGGUACAACAUUAACUGCGCUAUUUCUUCGGCAUGAUAGCAACACUAUACUUAAAUCUCUUCUUAAAAUCUAGCUCAAGUUCUUUAUUUAUAAUUCUUGCCUGACUUUGGGCCCUCAAAAUAGCUUGUAUAAAGAUCAAAUUUGUCAUCUUCAAAGUUAUAGCCCAUGGCUUUAUUCUUCUCUAGCUGCUCUAUUGCUUGCAUCUUGAUGGUUUGUUCAGUUAUUGGCUUCUUUAAGCUCUUGAUUGACUUCCCCAAGCCAAGUUUUAUGUCUAGAUUUUU